GACCUCAGCGCGGAUGACCUGCAUCAGCUGGCCGCCAUCGCCACACGCCAUGGGCAAUUGGAGCUGGCCAAGCAGUACGACUACGCUCGGGCGAAGCUUCUCCAGCCAUCUCGCCAGCAGGAGGCCUCGCUCCACACCCGUGCUUCGCAGACCCAGAGCAAGAUUCGCCAGGCGACCGUCAUGCGCGAGUCUUCCAUCCAGGAGAUGGCCGAUGAGCUGGAUGGCUUUGAGAGGCAGCAUUCGGAGCUCGUCGAGCAGAUCAGCUUGGAGGUGGCCUCGUCGGUGCCGCCCAAGCAGUCUUCUGGCCCGACCAUCAGCCUGCGCGACCUGGCGGAGGGCAAGGAGCUCAGCUUCGAGCUCGUCGAUGACCUGUGCGCGAACAUGCCAGAGGAGUUCGAGAUGUCC